AUGCAUGUUUCUCGCUGCUACUUUCCCGGCAUUACGCCAUCCGAUUACCAGAACCUCGAACUUCACAUUUUUGCAGACGCCAGUGAAGAUGCCUACGGGUGCGUCGCUUAUUUCCGAGUUAUGUUAAAUGGACAACCAAGGGUAGCAUUAGUGUCGGCCAAAUCCAAAGUUGCUCCUCUGCAAUAUAUGUCCAUUCCUAGAAUGGAGCUUCUUUCUGCUGUACUGGGCGCGAGAAUGUCCGCUGUGGUAAAGGCCAAUCACUCGGUACAGGUGAAACGUCUCGUGAUUCACAUCGAUUCCGCAACUGUACUCUCCUGGAUUCGCUCCGAUCACAGGAAGUAUAAGCAGUUUGUGGCAUAUCGUAUCGGGAAAAUAUUGAGCCUCACGAAUCCUAUCGAAUGGCGCUGGGUUCCUUCGAAAAGCAACAUAUCUGACGUUCUAACCAAGUGGGGUAACAACGGACCACCGCUUGAAACUGGCGGAAGGUGGGUAAAUGGACCUGAGUUUCUGUACCGCCCUGAGGAUGAAUGGCCACAACGGAUACUGCCCGAACCGGAUGUAGAAGAAGAGCUGCGAGCGUUCCAUUUGUUCCAUGAAAUUCUAUUUCCCAAGCCUUUGAUAGAUACCGCACGUUUUACGCGCUGGAAUAUUUUAGUGAGAUGCAUAGCUUGCGUUUUUCGUUUCAUAUCAAACUGCCGCAGAAAGGCAAAGAAGUUGCCAAUCGAGCCCGUUCAAACCACACCAAAGUUGGAAAAGUUGCUUAAAAUUUCGUUACCGUAUAUCAAAAUUCCACUGAAAUGCGAGGAACAUCGUCGAGCAGAAAAUUACUUGUGGAGAACAGCACAGCAAGAAGGGUUUCCGGACGAAGUCAAGAUAUUGUUAAAAAACCGGAAUCGACCACAUGUGCAGUGGCACUCCGUUGAACGAUCCAGUCCUCUGUACAGAUUGUCCCCCUUUUUGGAUGAUUCUGAAGUUAUUCGGAUGGAAGGGCAGACAGCCCAUGCAGGUUUUAUCGCGUUCGAACAGCGCUUCGCUAUUGUUCUUCCAAAGAGUCACGACGUUACCAGCAAGCUUAUUCUUCAUUAUCAUAGACAAUUCGGUCACGCGAACCGUGAGACAGUAGUGAACGAACUCAGACAACGCUUCUAUAUCCAAAACAUUCGAGCUGCGAUGAAGAACUGUGCGAUGUGCAAAAUUAAUAAGUGCCAACCAGCAGUUCCCAGAAUGGCACCUCUGCCUGUACAACGUCUCACUCCGCAGCUACGUCCGUUUAGUCACGUGGGGAUCGACUAUUUUGGUCCCGUCAUUGUAACGAUUGGACGACGAUCUGAGAAGAGGUGGGUUUGCCUGUUUACGUGCCUAGCGACUCGGGCAAUUCACAUGGAAGUCGCCCAUAGCCUAAGCAGUCAAUCGUGCAUGAUGGCCAUCAGGCGAUUCAUCUGCAGAAGAGGUGCUCCAUUGCAAUUUUUCUCAGACAAUGGUACGAACUUUCAUGCAGCCAGUAAGGAGCUCGUUCAAGAGGUGCGUCGUAUCGAUUUAGAGUGUGCUGAUGUCUUCACCGAUGCUAGAACUCGAUGGACGUUUAACCCCCCUGCGGCGCCGCACAUGGGCGGCGUUUGGGAGAGGUUGGUUAGGUCGGCGAAGGAUGCACUUAAGGCUCUACACGAUGGUAGAAAGUUAAAUGACGAAAUUUUACUCACUGUGCUAGCUGAAGCUGAGGACAUGGUGAACUCUCGGCCGCUCACAUAUGUACCACAGGAAUCAGCGGACGUCGAAGCCAUAUCGCCGAACCACUUUCUUCGAGGGCUGCCUUCUGGAGAGUGUGAAGAGGUCCACGUGCCGACAAAUUCGGCCGAAGCGUUGCGGGACAAUUAUAAGCGAUCCCAACAAGUGGCAGAUAUACUGUGGCAAAGAUGGUUGAAGGAGUACAUACCAACCAUCAAUCGCCGCACCAAGUGGCAUGGAGAGCAUGAGCCUAUUCAAGAAGGAGAACUGGUAUAUCUGGUCGAUGGAAGUAACCGCAGAACCUGGAUUCGUGGAAUAGUGGAGAAGGUCUUCCGAGGCACCGACGGCAGAGCUCGUCAAGCAUUGGUAAGAACAUUGAAGGGAAUUUUUCGACGAGCAGUCGCCAAGCUUGCGGCAAUGGAAUUAAGAUGUAAAUCUGGCCAGAUUACUAGUUCUGAACCAGAGUUACGGUAG